AAAACGUAACUCAUGACCCAGAACCCGCUCUGGGAGUGGGAGUUGCGUGCGUCAGGAAAGCAAUGCGAGCUGCGGGCCUUGUGUGGGAAAGGACACUCUUUCAAGCCAUACGACGUCGAACGUCCACUGUUUUUUCCUCUCUUGUCAACCGAACACCUUCUGGUUUCUCCGCCUUCUUAUUUUGCUCCCAGGCGCCGCCGGUUAACUUGCCGGAGUUGCAAAGUGUGGAACCGAAGCAAGAAGAACCCGAGCAGUGCUUGUCUCGGAGGAUUGAGCAGCUCCCGAGGGGAGAAUCUGUUGGGUCUGCUUUCCAGAGCUGGAUGGGUGACGGCUUCCCUGUUCACAGAGGCCUCAUUUUUCACGCCAUUAACCGUUUGAGAAAGCUCCACAUGAACAAACGCGCCAUGCAGGUCAUGGAAUGGGUGAUCAGGGAGAGGCCCUACAAGCCAAAGGAGCUGGACUACUCCUAUCUACUUGAAUUCACAACUAAGCUUCAUGGGAUAGAACAAGGCGAGAGGCUCUUUUCUCAUGUCCCUCCUGAGUUCCAGAAUGAGUUGCUCUACAAUAAUCUUGUCAUUGCCUGCCUGGAGAAAGGGGUUAUAAGGCUUUCGCAAGCAUACAUGAAGAAGAUGAGGGAACUAGGCCAUCCUAUCUCGCACUUGAUUUUCAACCGCCUCAUAAUACUCCAUUCUUCCCCUAGCCGCAAGAAAUCCAUCCCAAAAAUCCUGACUCAAAUGAAGGCUGAUAGAGUGUCCCCCCAUGUCUCAACUUACAACAUUCUCAUGAAAAUAGAAGCUAAUGAACACAACAUUGGAGGAUUGGUCAGGGUCUAUAGUGACAUGAAGAGAGCAAACGUCGAGCCAAAUGAAAUAUCAUACUGCAUAUUGGCCACCGCACAUGCUGUGGCGAGGUUGUAUACAGCAUCUGAGGCUUAUGUUGAAGCCGUGGAGAAGUCUGCGACAGGGAAAAACUGGUCAACUCUAGAUGUCCUAAUUAUAUUGUAUGGAUAUUUGGAGAAGAGGAAGGAGCUAGAACGGACGUGGAGUAGUGUGACAGAACUUCCCCAUGCGAGGUCCAAGAGUUACAUGCUUGCAAUUGAAGCAUUUGGUAGGAUUGGAGAGAUAAGUCGGGCAGAAGAGCUUCUUUCAGAACUGAAGUCAGAAAAGGGAUUGAAAUCAACAGAGCAGUUCAACUCAAUAAUAUCUGUUUAUUGUAAACAUGGUUUCAUUAGUAAGGCUUCUAAGCUUUAUCGGAAAAUGAAGGAAAGUGGAUGCAAACCAAAUGCCAUAACUUAUCGACAUCUUGCUCUGGGUUGCUUGAAAGCGAAUCUGGUGGAAGAAUCUUUGAAAACUCUAGAGUUGGGUGCAAAUCUAAGGACCAGCACCAGGGUUAGGAAAUCGACCCCCUGGUUGGAGACGACUCUUUUGAUAGUUCAGAUUUUUGCAGAGAAGGGUGAUGUAGAGAAUGCUGAAAAGUUGUUUGAAGAACUGGACAGUGCAAGGUAUACAAGGUAUACUUUUGUGUACAAUACCUUGAUUAAGGCUUAUGUGAAGGCCAAAAUUUAUGAACCAAGUCUUUUGAGAAGAAUGAUACUUGCAGGAGCCAGGCCAGAUGCAGAAACCUAUAGUCUGAUGAAACUUGCAGAGCAGCUUCAGACUUGAUUGCUGUUGUUAUAUGAUUGUAAGAAAUACAUCAUUGAUUAUUAUCAAUACAUAUAAAGCACUUGAAUUGUUGUGGCAAUUCAAAGAAAAUAAAAUGAAGGAAAUCUGGGAGGAUCAUACCGCAAAUUUUU